AUGCACAAAGGUGCUGGGGCGAACGGACAGCAUGGAACGGUCCGUGAAGGGUAUGGCAAGCCGCACAGGGCCGGCGGUCCAAUCGAGAAAGAGAACAUCCCCUUUGUCGAUUCGGAUCACGAAGACGAUUGCUUCGGCAGCAGCAGUCCAGCAACGGCAGCGAUCGGUAGUAGUAUAUCGACAGUUGACCAAGAGAACGACACUAUGACGGAAAGCCAAGAAAAUCUAGCUCGAGCGUACGUCACGCGCCACCAGCCCAGUCUUGCCGAACGUAGAAUGCAGGGAAAGUUAACCGUGUCCAUCGACAAUAUCAGCGAUGAAGGUGAUCUGAUCGAAGAGGCGAAGGACAAAGCGAUGGAGCUGAAGCUGGUCGACGAACGGGCACGAGGAUUGCGCCGAAAUUCUAUUUCCCUCCCAAGCCUCAACGUUAAUGAGCUGGAAACGUUGCGACUGGCACAACAAGCCCAGGAUGGUUCGGUGAGUAUUGGGUCCGAAUCCGGAUCAGACUCACCGUCGGGAGAGACUGUCGCUACGCCGGAAACUCCAACGACACCUGCGAACUUUAAACCUAUGUUACAAUUUCAUGAUGAUAGCAGCAGCGACGAGGAUGAUAAACCGCGUGGCAAAAACCUUUUUCGUACCAAGCGACGUUCCUCGAUUGCACCGCUACCAGCCUUGCGGCUGAACGACAAGGAAAUGAUGUCGAACGACUUCGAUUCGCACAGCGUGCUGAGCAAUCAGGCAUCGAUCACCAGUGUCAAUUCUUUGGCCAGUCUGUUGAAGGAAAAAAUGCAGAAUGUGCCCGCCAUCAUUCGGAAGAAAAAGCGUGAAACUAAAGACUACAAACUCCGCGUAUUUGUCGGCAUGCUGUUUCUUAUCAUCGUAUUUUUGGUUGGCUACGCGUACGUCAUGUACAACCAGAAGCUGCUGGCCAAAUCGUACUUCGAGAGCAUCAAGUUCCACAAGAAAACUCGCAACUUUCGGCUGCUCGACGGCAAGGGGGCGGAACUGCUGACCGGCGUGCUCGGGACAUCGCUGAGCAUCGAGCAACCGUACAACUGUUUGCCGAAGGAUCUGAAGGAUGAUGGCAGCGUGUGCUACGAGUGGAACUCCAAGGCACGGCUGUACAUGAACCUGGCCAAAUCUCCGGGACCGCCGGACAUUAAAUGCUACUCGUUUCAAUGGGAAUCUCUGCUGGCCGAUCUGCACCCGACCGAUUGCUUCGACGUCGCCGAGGAGCGUGGCUUUUGGUACGGCGGCGGACUGACCAAGGGCAUUGAGUACAUUCUCGGCAAGGCAACGAUCCCUGCCGGACCGUUUGUAACCGGCGACAUCAACAUGCACCAGUGGGGUAAUGCGCUGAAGCGCUACUUUCUAAACUCCCGCGGAGUGGCCAUUCAGGUGGACGAAAAGACGCCGCUAUACGUGAGCGUAAACACCGACGCUGGGCGGCGGUUGUGCUUGCAGGGCAGAAAUGAUAAGUUUGCCUUUGUGAACCGCCAGACACCGUUCUCGGAGCUGAAGUACACUGUCUGCACCGGGCCGGACAUGAAAACGCUCCACAACGGGCUGAUGCAGAAAAGCCUUUGGGACGGGUUGACCGAGCGGGACAAUGUGGUGAUUAAGUCGUUGCUGCGCGAACCCGUCUGGCAGAUUCCGGCCUCCAAGCAGGCGGAUCUCACCGAGAUAGCCAUCUACAACUACACGGAAAGCAUCAUAGCGCUCGACUACCUUCGGCUGGGCCAUGUGCUUGUGAACGAGUUUUGGCAGCGCACGAUCGGCGAUUUCCGGCUGGAUGCGGACCGGUUCCCGACGCUGGACGAGACGGUGAACAUACUGCACCGGCGCGGGUUCCGCGUGUCGUUCAUGAUUCAACCGUUCAUCAGCACGGAGAGCAGCAACUUCCGGGAGGCGGUCGCGAAAAAGUUGCUCAUAUACGAGCGUGAAUCGGAGCGAAGCAUCCCGGCGCUGACGCGCUACAAAAGCACGACCAGUGCCGGUGUGCUGGACGUGACGAACAAUGCGUCGAUACCGUGGCUGGCGGAGCAGCUGAAGAAGAUCUCCGAGACGGUGGAGAUCGAUUCGUAUUUCGUAGAUUUUGGCACUGCGUUCAACAUUCCCCGCUACUACCAGUGCUCGCAAACGCUGGUCAAUCCGGACGAGUACAAGAACUACUUCAUGGAGCAGUUCGAAGGGACGCUGAACAUUUUCGGUGUAUCGAGCGCCAUAUCCGUGCCGCGGCCACCGGCAUUCCUGAGCUUACCGCCGGUGAACAGCUCGUGGAGCGGUCUGCAAAGCAUCAUCCCGACGAUGCUUUCUUACGGUAUAAUCGGCUUCCCGUUUCUAAUGCCCGGCCCCGUUGGUGGGGACUUUGUGCUGCCGACGCAGCAGCUGAAAAAGAUGUACUCCUACUAUUCGUUCGAUCUGCCGCCGCUGCCCGACAAGGAGCUGUACGUGCGAUGGCUUCAGCUGGCCGCAUUUUUGCCGGUGCUGCGCUUCACCCAUCUACCCUCCGAGUAUCGGGACGAGUCGGUGACGGCCAUAGCGAAGGAAUUGGCACACAUACGAACGCAGCGCGUCCUGCCGCUGCUCGAAGACUUUUCGAGCAUUGCCAUGGACGAAGGUUUGCCGAUAAUACGCCCGCUCUGGAUGCUGGAUUCGACCGAUGUGAACUGUUUUUCGAUCAACGAUGAAUUCUCGAUCGGCGAUCGGAUGAUAGUGGCACCCGUGCUGGACCGUGGUGAGACAGUUCGGGAAGUUUAUCUACCGCAGGGCGUGUGGAAGGACGGUAUCGACGAGUCGUUGCGGAAGGGAAGCCGCUGGAUCCACAACUACCACGUGCCGCAGAAUAAGGUGGCCUACUUCAUCAAGAUGCCCGACAAUACGCGCUUUUAG